UUCAUCAGCAGCAAUCAUCACCAGGAGCUGGAGGAGCCCAGAGCAUAGUCCAGAGAAGCUUCCUGUGCUACCAAAGUACCCACCAGGGUGACAGGUUGGUGCUUCUCCACCAAGAUGCUUCCUAAAAACACAAGGACCAGGCAGCUCAAUGGCACCUGUGCCAGCUCAGCGGACAUGGAGCUCUUCCUCCAUUAUUCCCUCAUCCCAUCUCUCUUCAUCAUUUUGGUCUUGUCCUUCCUCCAAAGACGAGAGCAUCGUAGACAGAGAGAUGAUACCUCUUACCUUCUGGGGAGCCACUUUGGAAUCAUCAUGCCUCUGGACUUCGUGGGCACAUUUAGUAACCGAUGGUCAUAUGGAAUCGCCUUUGGGGCCACAGCCAAUAAGGUCAUGUUCCUGUUCUCAGAGGGCUACCAGCCCCUGCAGGUCCCACAGUGGGCCCAAGGGCCCCGAGGUCUCUGACUGGAGGCCAGCGUGCAGUGCUGUGUCCUCCCCGAGAUCCUCCUGCACCCGUGGUAAGGGGACUCACAGCAUCUCUGGUCCUGUCUCCCCAGCCUUUGUGCUUCUAAUCGGUGGCUUCGAAGUCGGCCUGGCCUACUUCCCCUUCUUUGCCUGCCUCUCAUCAGAGUUCCGACUGGUCAGCUCCACCCUUGGCUUCUGCUACUCUCUGAUCUGGUUUGCUGUCACUAUUCUUCAAGUCUCACAGUGUCCCCAUGGGCCGUUUCUGGGGAGCUACGAGUCUGUCAUGUUCUACUGGCCCUCGCUGCUAUGCCUGGCCUUCCUGCUGGGCCGCUUCCUGCACAUGUUUGCCAAGGCGCUGAGGGUGCACUUGGGCUGGGAGCGCGGGGCGGAGGAGCAGCCUGUCCUGGAAGCUCACCAGGCCGCGCACGUCCAGCGGCUGCUGAGGACGCCCCGCCCGCAAGAUGGAAAAACAACGUGGUUCCAAGCUAGGAUAUAUGAGUGGGACCCCUGCUUUCGAUUCCCUAGCAGAAUGAUCGGAACUAUUGUAUUGGCCUUCAUCUGCCUGUACCUUGAGUCUGGGUGCUGACCAUUUUGCCUGCCUCCCUCACGUGUGUGAGUUACCUGUUCCACAUUCUGGCCUGUUACAGAAAGCACAUAAAGAGGCUGUGGGCAGGAGAUAAGCACUUUCUCCCUUUGAAGUUCCAUAAUCCUGC